AUGGAGGUAGAACUGGGCUCCGAGCAUCAAAAGUCUCAGGAUUCAGUUCCAUCAGGACCUCAAGCUCCUUACUAUGUGGACCUCAAGUUAACUCACCUGGACUGGAACCCAGAAGCAACUCUGAUACAAUUCCAGGGACAGUACCUGACCAUAUGUGAACUUGACUACACCAUCUUACAUAGGGAAAUGCAGAAGAAGCCAAAGGUCAAAGCAGUAGUCAGUAUUGGAGACUUUUGCCUUGUAGAAGAUUUGACUUCAGGCCACUGGUACAGAGGAAGAGUUCAGAACCAGAAAAAGAACUUGUUUGAUGUGUUCCUCAUAGACCAUGGGAAUAUUUUGAGUGUCGACAUCACCCACAUAUCAUCGUGUUCAAACGACCUGUUAAUCCUUCCCCCAAAGAUAGUUUGUGGAUUUCUUUCAAGUGUGCUGUUGUUUCAGGACAGUUGUCAAUUUGAUGUGGACAGGUACUUUUCGAGCCUGAUUGGAAGAAAUGUCACAGGUUACAUUCAAGCCCACCUGCCUUAUGAAACCCUCUUGUUGGAAGCUCCAGACAUCAACAGUGACCUUGUUAGACAUGGUUUUGGAAGACAUGUGGACACUAAUACAUUCCUCUUUUUAGUCCAGACACUCACAGAGGUGCCUUUGGUGCAAAACAUCAAAACGGUGCCAAAAGGAUAUAUUGACAUUUUGUCAGUUAGUGGACCUAGAUUGAGCUGUGGGACAUGUGCUAAAGUGCGAGUCAGUGCUGCUGUUGACCCAGGACUGUUUUACUGUCAAAUGGUCAACAUGGAGGCAGUCAUUAAAGAAAUGUCAAAGAAGCUGGCUGUAGUAUGUGAGCAUAAAAUCAAAGAUGUCAAACACAUGACAGAAAACAUUGAUCAGCUCUGCUCAGUUAAAAGUAAAGAUGAGAACUGGUACAGAUGCUUUGUGCCAUAUCUCCCAGUGAACUCACAAAUUAGAGUGUUGUUCAUCGAUUAUGGGUACUUUGAAACUGUCAGAGUUGAGAAUAUCUGUAGUUUGCCACCUGAUAUCUGGUCAGUACCCAUCAUGGCUUUUCCAUGUGCACUCUCCUGUCAGGAUGACAUGGUGAAAAUUAAGCAAAUAAGUUUUCUCAAGGCAGGUCUGCUUGGAGGAGUCUUAGAUGUGGAAAUAAAUAGAUUUGACAAAGAACAUCAUUGCUACUCUAUCACAGUACAUGGUGUUGAUCAUAAUCCUGUGGCAUUACCAGAUCCUGUCCAACAUCUUACUAAAAUGGACCCCGUUGACUCAGACUCUAUGACGAAGAAUAAUUCACUUCUGGGUGGCUAUUUGUGCUGUGAAACGAUCAUGAACGAAGUAAUGAACAAAAUACGGGAAGAGGUAGAGGUGGACUCUGUUUUUGUUGGAUAUGUUGAACAUGUCCACAGUCCUACUGAGUUUUGGAUCAGAACACAAAAACGUAAUGAUGAGUUUGAAGAACUGAUGAUGAAAAUGACCAGUUACUACAGUCAAGUGAAACUGGAUGAGGAUGUGCUAGAAGAUCCUCAGCCUGGUACCAUCUGUAGUGCGAUGUAUGAGGCAGACAUGCAUUUCUACAGAGCUGUAGUGACAGACAUUCUUGAACAUGGAGCUGAAGUCUUUUUCAUUGAUUUUGGGAACAUUGAAAAAGUGCCAAAGAUGUUGAUCAAGAACAUACCAGAGACAUUUGCCAGUAAAACGGCCUUUGCCCUCCGGUCUACUCUUGCUAAUGUCGCCCCUUUGGAUGAAGUCUGGACCAGCAACAAUUGUGACUUCUUCAGACAAGCUGUGUCAAAUAAAGCCCUGCUAGUCCAUGUUGUCCAGAUAAGGAAAGACAAAUUUGUUGUUGAUCUCCAUGAACUGGAACGUGACAGUGACAGUAUCACAGAGCUCUUGAUCUCUUCCAGCCAGGCUCUCUACGUAAAGGCCAUUCCCAGAGAAGUUGUGCAAAAUGCAAAACAAAACAAGACACAGUUCUCAAGACAUUGUACAUUAUCAGACAUCAGUGGGAAUACAGAGCAAUGGGAGGACUGUAAGAAAGAACAACAAACACGCAAAAACGAAGCUGAAAAGCCCAAAGCUUCUGCUGGCUUCAGAGCUCUCACCAUCAAGCCUGGUUAUGAGUUUGCUGUGUGCUGCUCUUACAUUAACUCUCCAUAUGAUUUCUGGUGCCAGCCUUUAGAUAAAGCUCCAGCUUUAAAGGCACUGAUGACUGAAAUUCAGGCCUACUACUCAACAUUCACUAUCGCCCUCCAGCCAGGAGUUUUGUGUUGUGUUGUGAAGUCACCUCAGGAUGGACGAUGGUACAGGGCUUUCAUCACAGAAAUACAACAGAGUCAUGCAAGAGUGAUGUUAGUUGACUAUGGCUUCACCAUCCAAGUCGAGCACAACAGUGUUCAAUCAAUCCUGCCAGAAUAUAUGGCUCUGGAAGGACAAGCUUUUAAGUGCAGCCUUAAAAGUCUCAUUGAACCAGUUGACCCCGUAAAUGAAGGGGAUUGGAGUCCAGAUGCAUGCAACUUUCUGGAAAAUUUUAUCAAUAACAGCACCAACAGCGUAAGAUGUAAGGUUGUCUUACAGCUGAAUGUGAAAAGCAAGCUAUGCAAUGUUGUUGAUCUCUGCAACAUCCAAACUCAGCAGAACAUAACAGAUGUGCUUGUGGAGCAAAAUCUGGCGAGAAAAACAGCCAUUUUACCAAAACAAUUGUCAGCAGUGUUUCCUGAGUCUUUUGUCUUUUCACCAUAUGGUCUAAGUCCAGGAAAUGAAGAACAAGUGUACAUCACUCAUGUUAGCAGUCAGUGGGAGAUUUACGGCCAGCUGGAGAAAAACGCUAAAAUCAUUGAAGAGCUUGAAUCCAAAAUCGCAGAGGAGAACAAGAAAAUGAUGGAAACCAGUACAAGAGCUGUGGUUAGGAAGCUGUGUCUGGCAAAAUACUUGGAUGGCAAAUGGUACAGAGGCUUGGUACAUCCUGUUCCGUCACCACUGCAUCUGUGUGUGUACUUUGUGGAUUACGGAAACAUGAUCAUAGCUGAGAAAGCGAAUGUUGUGUUCGUCCCAAGAGACUCCACUUAUCUGCUGUACACUCCAAUGCAGGGUUUCAGAUUUACCCUGGCUUCAGUGUCGAAAGAAGUGCUUUAUGCUGAUGUCAAGGAAUGGCUUGAUGGAACAGUCCUCAACAAGCAAAUGAGAGCUUUUGUUGUCGGAAAGACUGACAAUGGAUCAUUUGAUGUUGAGUUGUUUGAUGGGGAAGUUAACAUCAAUAAGAAAGUACAGGAGCUCAUUCUCAGCCUUUCACCUAAGCCAAAGACAGUUGUGAGUUUUGACACAAGAAGCAGGAAACCAAACAAACAUGCCCACAGAGGAACUAAUUCCAGGCAGGCAACACAGAAAAAACAAAACUACACAAAGAAUUUUCCUGUGAAAGCUCAAAACAAGAACAUAAAAGCAAAACAUCGCAAACAUACAAAUGAGACACAAAAGACCAUGACAGAAUUUAAAAUAAAACAUGAGAGAAGUCACAAUUCAACUACAAACGAGCCACAACAAACUAAGGAAGCCAAUAUCGCUCAGAUUUCCCAUUUACCAGCCAGCAAAGUAAGGGCAGGCUUCAGAGCAAAGUGUUUCAUUUCUCACAUGGACUCGAUCAGCAGUUUUUGCCUUCAGCUUUUAGAGGAUGAAGCUGACAUCCUAAAAAUGGAAGAUCACCUCAACUCGUGUGUCUUCAGAGACUCUUUACAGACCUGUGCAUCAGUGAAGUUGAAAAGGAAUGACCUUGUUCUUGCUGAGUACAAGAAAGAUGGUGCUCUGUAUCGUGCUGUUGUGAAGGACUAUGAAGGAAGUUCCAGUUUAAAGGUAGAGUUUAUAGACUACGGUAACUCAGCUGUAAUAAAGGAGGAGAACAUCUAUUCCAUACCAAAAGAUUAUAUCUCUCAGCAUCGAUUUGGUAUAACAUGCUCCCUGUUGGAUGCAAGUGCCUGGGAAAGUAAUGCUUCCUUCUCUGACACUGUUAUGGACAAUCCUGUUAUGGUUGACUUUGUACAUCAGAAUGGAAGUCAUUGGGAAGUCAAGAUUGAGAUUCUUAAUGGAGCAGUUUCAGUGAAACAUGAAACAUCUGUAGAAAAUGCAAGUGUACAAGAAAAGGAGGAGGAAUUUGUCACAUCUCAAAUAUUGGAGGAAGUGAGAUCCUGUGAAGAGAGCUGCCCUGAAAUAAGAGAAGAUGAAGUCACUGAAUGUCAAAGGUUAAGUCCAGCUGUGAAAGGUGAAUGCAAAACUCUCACAUCAAAAGAAGUAUGUGUCACCCUUUUGGCCAAAAACAAGAGUGUUUCAACUAAGAAUCAGAGGGACUCAUUAAAGUUGACUGUCAAAGGGGAAAACAGUGACAAUGCAAUGGAACCUCCCACUAUUAAUGUUACAAAUACGGAGAGCGGAAAGGUUCUGUCUGUCCAGAGCAAUGGAGAUUUUUACAUUAGACUUAAUGAAGGCAGUGAUAAACUUGUCAUUUUGGAAAAACUCAUUGCUGACAGCUUAGAAAAAUGUGAAACACUGCCUGAAGAGGACGUCAAAGAAGGCCUAAAAUGUUUAGUUCGUGUAGACAACCAGUGGCAAAGGGCUGUUGUUCAACAUGUAGACCAGAAGAGGUGUCAGGUCCUCUUGGUGGAUCAUGGAAUAACACAGGGAGUCCCACGUGAUUCCAUAACACAACAGUGUAACAGUCUCACAAAUAUCCCAGCUUUUGCAGUGCUGUGCAGGUUGAAGUACUUUACUGAACUGCUUGAGUUCAGUGAGGAAGCAGAGAAUGAUCAGAAACUGUGUUAUGAAACUCUCAAAACAAUGAUCGGCAAGGAAGUCAAGCUGGUGUUUUUGCAUUGUUCAGAAACUGAUCACCUUUGGUUUGUUGAAAUAGUUCUAAAUGAACCAUCCCUUUUUCGUCAGAUCUCAACCUCACUGCAGAAAAAUGAAGCAAUGAUCACACAGUCACCUGCUGAAACCCAAACUGAAGAUUCAAGUCUUCCUCAGCAGCUUGAGUUUGCUCCAGUCCACAUAGACAGAGAAUAUUCAGGUUUUGUUGCUGCAGUGACAACACCCUUUGAGUUCUGUGUUGUGUUGGAGGACUCGCAUUUCAUCCUGAAUAUAGUGUCCAACAUGUUGAAUGAAAUUCCUCAGCUAACUGUUCCUCUUCUAGAAGCCCACAUCAUCCCUGGUACCAGCUGCAUGUUGAAAUCAGACUCCAAUGGCAAGUGGUGCAGGGCUGAAAUUAUGCACUCUGACACCACAAUAGUCCUAAAUCUUGUGGACUAUGGACAUUAUGAAUGCUUGCCAUAUGAAGAACGAUUUAAAUUGAAAAGACUUCCAGAGAAGAUAAUGAAACUCCCGAAGUUUACAUACCCCUGCGUCUUGAGAGGGGUGAAGCCUAGUGAGGGGGGCAGUCAGUGGAAUGAUGAGGCAGCAUUUUUCUUCAAGCAAUGUAUGUACCAAAAGAACAUCAAGAUCUUCUUCAGAGAGUUUGUGUCAAACAUUCACUGGAAGGUAGAUGUCCUGGCAGAUGGAGUUCAUGUGACCAAGAAGCUGGUGAACGCCGGACAUGCCAGUUAUGUGGACAUCAUGUUAGGACUGAGGUUCCAGGAAAGGAGGCCAUGUGAACGCUGCCCUUAUAACCCAGAAGGUGAGGAGGGGUGUGAUGAAGAGGAGGCGGAUGAAGACUCAGAAAGGAGGUCAGAUCAUACUAGAGCCGGUGAUGAGGUCGAGGGGACUACGGCACUCAACGUUGAGCUUGGAUCUCCAAAAUGUUGUCGGCAGGUGUCAGUCAACCUCGGGCACAUAGACACAGCCGAGCAGAUCAUGGGGAUGAUGUAUCUCAAAUAUAGGUUUGCCAGGCUGUCCUACCUCCAGCCGAUCAUCAUGGACGGUGAAGCAGGGAAGUAUGAGCAAAGGACUAUCACUGACUUUCUUAGACUAGAAGCACAUUCAGCUCCUUUUGUUCAGUACAGUGAUUCAGAAGGUGUACCUUUCCCCAUUUACCGCAAAAACCUCAUGUGGAGGAGUCUGUCAGGAGCCACUGACAGUAACAGAGGCUGCAGCUAUUUCCUUGUGGCCUGGAAUAGCAGAGUCUUAACAUCACAGAGCACAGUAAACUCUCCUGAGCUAAAAGCCAUUGAGUCCUCCCUCCACCCCAUAGGAACCCCCUUCUGA